AUGCUAAAAGUUGAGGCGUACUUCUUUUGGCCUAUCAAUAUCGAGGUUAAACUCGACACUCAGUUCAUCGAUAACCUCAAAGAGUUUGUCAAUCAUCUAACCAAGACAGUGCAUGCUGCUGUGCCAGGAUCUUUAGUCAUAUGGUAUGAUGCAGUUGCUGUGAAUGGCGACCUCGGCUGGCAGGAUAAGCUCAAUAAAUACAACAAGCCAUUCUUUGAUUUGUGUGAUGGCAUAUUUGUCAACUAUACUUGGAAGGCAAAAUAUCCACAAGAUUCAGCUGCAGCUGCUGGAGACCGCAAGUACGAUGUGUACAUGGGUAUUGAUGUUUUUGGCCGAAAUACUUAUGGUGGUGGGCAGUGGGAUACAAAUGUUGCCCUUGAUCUACUGAAGAAAGAUGAUAUCUCUACCGCCAUAUUUGCUCCUGGAUAGAUAUAUGAAACUAACCAACCACCUGACUUUCAGAGUGCACAA